AUGGAUCUGCAACGAAGGAAGUCAGAAAUCCAACCUUCAUGGAAUAUCUCUGCAGAUGGUGGAUGGGGAUGGUUUGUUGUGAUCGGCAGUAAUAUUGCAAUAAUGAUAUGUGCCGGACUACCUCCAAGUAUGGGACCGGUAUUGUCAAUUUUAUCAGAAGUCUUCGAUUCCAAUGUGUCAGAUACGUCAUGGGUACUUUCCUUGGCAAUUUGUAUGGUCAACAUAACAGGACCAUUGGCGAGUGCAUUGACUAACAAGUUUGGAACACGUUCAGUGGUGGCGCUUGGUGCCAUGUUAUCAUGUAUUGGAAUGAUUAUGAGUUCAUUUGCGUCAAGUGUAUCGUAUUUAUGUAUCAGUUACGGUUUUAUAACAGGAAUUGGUUAUGGCCUAGCGUUUACGCCAAGUAUCGGUAUUCUCGGGGUGUAUUUCCAUCGUCGCUUUGCCCUGGCUAACGCCCUCGCAUUUACCGGUACCAGCACUGGAUUCUUCAUCUUUCCGUCAGUAUUACGCUAUCUUCUCGACAUCUAUGGAUGGACUGGUACUUUUGUCGUACUUACAGGUCUUUCUGCAAAUCUAUUUGUAUGUGCUGCCCUGUUUCAACCCCGAACAUGUCACAUCAUUGAGACAGGUCGUCAAACUGAUGACUCAACGACACCACAAUCUCCCAGAUUAUUUAGCGUCUCCAAUUCUAUGGCUCAUUGUACAUAUAUAGAGAAUAGUGAAACGUGCGACGUUGGUGUCUCUGCUUACAAUAUCCCGUCAUACUCACCACACUGCCAUCGAGGGUCGGUCCUUUCAAAUCACAGAAAUAUCGUGUCUUGGAAAAAUGAACUGAAUAAAAACAAUUCCAAUUGUCGCGGCUCGAAGACAAGUGGUGAUGAAAGUCAACAUUAUGGUAACGUAGCAGACACUAAGUUGGGCAGCACAGGGAACCUUAUGCUGUCUGAAUUGAAGAAUAAUGAUCAAACCCGAAGGCGACUCUCAAGUUCUGUUAAUAAAAGACAAUCUAUGUCCCAAAAAUUGUUAACUUUCCUCGACUGGGGUCUAUUUUGUGAAAAUCGAUUAUUCACAGGAUUUACCUUCACUCUUUUCCUUAUCGGUAUUGGUUUUAACGUUUCCCUAGUACACCUUGCAUCACGAGGUAUCAGCUACGGUUUAGCGCCAACGGAAGCGGCACUCAUCUCUUCAGUCGUCGGAAUAUCAAACGUUGUUGGCCAAUUUGGACAUGCGUGGUUGGUACAGGCAAAAUGGACAACAGGCUCGCAGUGUUAUUUCACCUCGUUGUUUGUGUGUGGUGUGGCGUCACUGUUUAGUGUGUUAAUGAAGAGAGCCGUUGAGUACGGUAUAUACUGUGCCAUUCUUGGUCUGACUAGUGGUGUAUACAUGACAGUUAUACCGGUAGUCUUAAAAGAAUAUGUCGGCAAUGCUAAGAUGACAGACGCAUUAGGACUCUCCCUUCCAGCCCUUGGAAUUGGCAGUCUGAUUGGCCCACCCAUUUCAGGGUGGAUCUUUGACAAAACAGGGAGCUAUAACGGUCCAUAUUAUUUAGUUGGAUGUACGUUCCUAUUAUCUACGACGUUUGUCUUCGCAGAGUUAUAUUACUGCCGAUGGUGCACCAAGUGUGACGAUAGUAUUCAAGAUGAUAAAACAGCGCCACCUACGUUACACAAUUGUCUGACUCCACACCAAGAAUCUGAAACUUCAUAUGCGAAUACUAAUUUUAUAUACGUAAAUACUGCUUUCCUGGCCGAUAACAUUAUGUCAGAUACGUGGAUUUAA